GGUCUGGGUAGCGACUCUUCCGGCGUGUCGAGGGCAGUUUGGUUCAGGCCCAGGCUUCGGACGGCGUCGGGGACAGCGCCGCGCAGUCAUGGUAGGGCCAGCCUGCACUCCGUCGACCUUGCUCGCCUCGGUAUGCCUCGUGUUUGGCGGAGGGUUCUGGUGGGACAAGACGCACAACAGCACGCUCAGCGGCAAGUUCAACCCCUUCCAGAACCAGUUGGGGCCUGGACUGGAGGAGCCCGCCCAGCCAGAGCGAGUUGAGGAGAGCGAGGGCGCCCCGACUGGGCAGCCUGUCCCAGAGGCGCAUACAGACUCGCUCGAGGAGGCCCCCGCCCAGCAACGCGCCGAGCAGAGCGAGACGGCGGGUGAUGCUCGGGCGCCGGUCGAGACCUUGGCGACGCAGGAUGCUUCGACGAAGGAUCGGUACGUGCCAGUCGUUGA